AUGUAUACGAGUGCAAAACCCCUCUCAAAAGUGCCCUUUGUUCUUGUUGCUGCCUUGCAUCUUUCAAUGCUGCUCCACACCGCCUUCUAUUGGGAGAAUCGCAUGAUUCAUCAUAUCCCGCUAAUGUUCAAAACCAUCUGGUAUAUUUUACUUGACACAAAGUGCUUUAUGCAGGGGAACCUUGAGUACCUUCUGUGUAUUUUCCUUCUCAGCGUGAUAAAAGUCCUUCUUCUUCUCCGCUAUGUCUCUGAAAACUGCAAUAUAAUAUCGACUCUACUAUGGAACGGCCUGCUAAAGGUUCUUAUAUAUGGUCUCCUGAUAUACUACUACUCCCCUAUUUUCAGGCGGAAUCUAUACUUUAUGUACGCAUGGGAUAAAACAGUGCCCUCUUUUUCCUUUGAAGAUGCGUUUCUUCGCGCGUUUAUGGAGAUACACAUUGUAAACACAGCUGUCCAAAAACUCUGGUGCUAUCUGCAUGAUCUUGAAAGCAGCAUAGCUGUGUUCACUUUUUGUAACGUUUUGAAAAUAUGCGCUGAGAUCACUAUGUACGCUCAUGCUAUAUGCUACAAAAAAAGAAGCAGGUGUGUAUUGGGUGUUCUGGUCGCUAUAUGGACUAUCCACAUGACAUACAGCAAUAUUAGGCCAUUCUACUUUACUCGUGACUAUGCACCGCACUACCGCGCUGCUAUUAAGUUUUAUAAUGAGCUCCGUAUUGCAAACUUUCUUAUUGUGGCGCCAAUGUGCAUAUACUGCAUUUUUAUAAAUAAUGCAACAGAAGAAUUUUCUAGUAAUGUGAUCAGGCCGUCUCUUUUUCGCUCUUUUAUCGAGGCAUGA